AUGCAGGCGGCUCAGGCUGCAUCUGGCUAUCCUCCGCCCGGUGGACAAGGCGGCUACGUAAGUCUUCAAGUGAAGGGUGAUGUUGGCAAUGAUUCACUAAUGCAACGUAGCCUGGACAGCCACAGUAUCAAGCGUAUCCAGGUGCCCAAGGUGCCGGUGCUCCCGGGCUAUACUGCCUAUCAGCCCAACGCCGGGCAGGCGCCAAAUCCUUAUGCGCAACAACAACAGCCUGGUCCUCCUAUGCCUCCGCGUCCUGGUUCGUAUGCGCCGCCGCAGUCGCCUUUUGCGCAACCGGCAGCUCCCACCCAAUAUGGCGCAUCUUCACCAUAUCCACAAGGGCAGUCAGGGUAUAGCAGACCCCCGCCACCACCGCCAGGACAACAGCCUUCAUCUCCGUAUUCUCAAUCGACAUUCCCACAGUCCCCACAACCAGGUCAAGCGCCCCCCGCGCAAUGGAAUCAGCCACAGGUCCCGCCGCCGUAUGGACAGCAACCACCACAACAGCCUUACCAGCAGCAAAGCCAAUGGGGCCAACCACAGCAACCCGCUUACGGACAGGCGCCGCAGCAAUAUGGCCAACCUUACGGCCAGCAGCCCGCUUUCCAACCGAAUGGUGGACCACCAGGACAGCCUCCGCAGGGCCAGUAUGGCGCACCUCCACCACAAGGAGGAUAUGGCGGCGGCCCGCCCCCUCCCCAACAGGUUCAGGCCGGACCAGCUGAGAUCGCGGGCUACAAGCAGCUUCUGCAAGCCUGCAUCCAAGAGAAGGGCCUCCAGAACUUCCCAAUCUGCCAACAUAUUGACCAGAUUGCUCAACAAGCGCCCGCGAAGAUCAAUCAAGUCAUCUCGCGCUGGAAGAUCCAGAAGGAGAUUGCCAAUGACAUUGUAAAGCUAGCGCUUUACGACAUCGUGCUAUACAUCGAUGACAGUGGAUCCAUGCAGUUCGAAGAGGAAGGUAGCCGUAUCACAGAUUUGCGCCUUAUUUUGGACCGAGUCUCGUUCGCUGCAACUCUCUUUGACAACGAUGGCAUCUCUGUCCGCUGCAUGAACACCGAUCUUUCGGGAGCUCGCAACCAACAGGGUCGACCUCUUCAAGAUGGCGUCGCGACUGAGGCUCAGGUCGCAGAGAUCAUGCGUGGCGUCAACUUCAAGGGCCUCACACCCAUGGGUACCUCUAUGGACAAGAAAGUCAUCCAGGAGAUAGUACUCCCAAAGGCACGCUCAGGACAGAUGCAAAAGCCAGUAUUGGUCAUUGCCAUCACCGAUGGGCAGCCAGCGGGAGAGCCUUCCGGCGAGAUCUUUAAGGUCAUCAAGGAGACUUACAGACAGCUCCAGUCGACGCCCUACGGCCGUGGUGCUGUCGCUUUCGAGUUUGCUCAGGUAGGAAACGAUGUGACCGCAAGGAAAUUCCUCAGUCAACUCGAUGAGGAACCCGAGGUUGGCCCUAUGGUUGACUGCACGUCCAACUUCGAAAACGAACAGGAAGAGAUGAUGCGCGCAAACCCUCCUGUCGAUCUUACACCCGAUCUUUGGAUCAUCAAGCUUCUUCUCGGUGCCAUUGAUCGAAGCUACGACUCGAAGGACGAGAAGAGCAACCCUGCACCUGGCGGCUACGGCGCACCACCUGGCCAGUAUGGCGCACCUCCUCCAGGUUACGGCCAACAGCCACCCCAGGGCUAUGGCCAACAGCCGCCGCAAGGCUAUGGACAGCAGCCACCCCAGGGUUACGGUGCUCCCCCUGGUCAGCAUCCGCCCCAAGGAUACGGUGCUCCACCCGGCGCACCUCCACAAGGCUACGGUCAACAAGCACCUCCACCAGGUCAGUAUGGCCAGCAGCGACCGCCCCAAGGAGGCCCCGGCGGUUACCCAGGUCAGCAGCAGUAUGGCCAACCCCCACCCGGCGGCAGAUACUAG